CUGAGCUGACAAAUGACGUCUAUAACAUAAUAAAUACAAUAAUAUAUUAACUAAUGAUCGUCGUUGUCGUUGUCUGACGUCUGUUCGUCUGUUGAAGAUCUUUCGAUUUGUUUCAUAUAAUUGCAAAAUUUUAUAUUAUAUUCAUAUAACUUACCUAUGUAAUAUUUAAAUAUUUUUUUCAAUAUGCUUUUGAAGGAGUCGAUUCGCACAGGUUCAAGGUGAAUUACUCCAAUAAAAAAUUAAUUUAUUAUUCGUAUCUAACAUCAAUUAAUAAUUUUGGUUAUGGUUUAGUUGUUAGAAUAUAUUUUUUCACGAACUAUACUGUGAAGCAAAUUAUUAUUUAAAUAUUCGCAUCGAAAAUGUUCAUCGUGGGGCUCACAGGAGGUUUAGCUACAGGGAAAAGUACGGUAUUAUCUAUAUUCCGCGAAAAUGGUGUAGCAGUAAUCGAUGCAGACGAAAUUGCUAGAAAAGUACUGGAGCCUGGAACAAAAGCAUGGAAAGAAGUUAAACAGUAUUUUGGAGAUGAAGUUCUCAACCCAGAUGGUAAAGUGAACAGAUUGAAGCUUGGUGAAAUAGUUUUUAACGAUAGAGACAAAAGGAUGAAACUUAAUAGUAUAACACAUCCAAGGAUUCAAAGUUCAAUGAUGAGAAUGGCAUUUAAUUAUUUUUUUACUGGCCAUAGCUAUAUAGUCAUGGAGGUGCCACUGCUUUUUGAAACAGGGAAAAUGUUAACCUUUAUGCACAAAAUCAUCACAGUUGUAUGUGAGGAUCAUCAACAGCUCGAAAGAUUGUGCAAAAGGAAUGAUUUCUCCGAAAAUGUAGCUAAGAAGAGGAUUAGUUGUCAAAUGCCACUGGAGAGGAAAGUUGCUAAAUCACAUUUUGUUAUAGAUAACUCGGGUGAUAUAUUAACUACCAAACAACAAACUGAAAGCAUUAUAAGACUUUUGAAACGUUCCAAGUUUACAUGGUAUUUUAGAGCAAUUAUAUUGAUUGCAGUAUUAUCUGUGAUCUUUGGGGUUACCAACUUUGUAUUUAAGUUUUUUCAGGAUCAACCAUUAACGUAAGCGUAAAUAAUAAACACAUUAGAAGUUAA